GUCGGAAAAUCAAGUGGUAAAGCUGGGCGAACAAAACAAUCAGCAAAGAACUAUGAUAAGCGAAUUGCAACGCUGUAUCAUCGACCUAAAUAAGGAAAGUUGCCACGAAAAAGAUAGACAGAUAAGGAAGUUGGAAAACAAGCUUGACGAAGCAGCCGAGAAAUCUGAAGCAAAUAUUGCCGAAAUGAAAAAGAUACAUAAGCAGUCAAAAGCGGAACUGCAAAACCGGCUGGAUGAACUGAAGAAUAUGUGCCAGAAAUUGGAAGCAGAAAACAGGAUGCAAAAAAUGAAACUUGAGUGUGCUGAGAGGGAAAGGGAGUCUUCUGUCGAGUCUGAUUACGUAUCAGGCGGCAGGCAGAGUCGCUUGGGAAGUCGGCAACAAUCUUCAAGCUCCCUUAGCUCAUUUGGCUCCAUCCGUACAUUAAGCAGAAGAACGGUUGAACCGGAAAGCAGGUAUUCUUCCGGAUUUCGCAGUCCCUCUUCACUUUCAGCAAGCCAGUAUUCGGGUGGCACCUACAGUCUGUCGAGGAGCUCUUCACAAACUCAGCUUGCAAAUGAGCGAAAAAUAGCGCAACUGGAAAAGCAGAUUGCAGCUGCGCACACCGACACUCAAAUGAUGAAACGCGAAAUUGAAGUGUACAAGUCAACACUGGCUAAUAAUGAAAAAGAGCGCGAUUCCUUAUCACAGAAAUUACGCACACUGAAUGCCUCAAUCCGACAACUAGAGCAGUCAUUGGCCGAUGAAGAAAGGAAAAAUCAUGAGUUCGAAUUACGCUUCAAGAAAGUGAAAAAUGAACUGGAGAAUGUGCGAAACAAAUACCAACAAAUGGUGAAAGAUGGGCAAACAGAAAUAUUGGAAGAGAGAAGAAAAAUGAGGCUGAAAAUGGAUGCGCUUUGGCGAGAAAAUGAGGCAAAAAAACGAGACAUUAAGGAGGAACGAAUCGUGGAGCAGCUACAGAAAGAACUCGCUAGUACAACUGCACGGCUAAACAGAGCUCUGGCACAAGUAAAAUUUCAAGUGAAACAUUUCAUCGUUAGUCGGCACGAAUGCCUUACCACUUAAGC